AUGGGCCUGGAGAAGAAGGACGUGAUCACGGCCGGAUUCGCCGCUCUCGUCUCGUGGCUGCUACUCACGCACUGGAUACCGUCGUUUCGCUGGAUCCCCUACGCCUUUGUCGCCGGCUGUCUCGCAACCCUCGUCGCACUCGCACUCCUGCUCUUGACGUCGUCCAAAGGUCCAGACUACCGAUACAACCAUGCGACGACCAUCCGACCUCCAGCCUUCAUUACUCCGGCUCUCUGGAAGCAAGAAAAAGCGGCCUUGAAGACGCGCUCACGAUACGACAAGACGCCUAUUUACCCUUCCUCGGCAAGCGUCUCGCUCACCAUCGACGGCCUCUUGGACUACAUUCUUCGCGACUUCGUUACUGUAUGGUACAGGAACAUCAGCCCUCGACCGCUGUUCCAAAAUGAGGUGGAUCGCGCCAUUAGACAAGUAUUGGACAAUGUGCGCAAGAGGACUGCACAGCUCGACAUGGUCGAACUUGCCGUUGCUAGGAUCGUACCCAUCCUGACCAACCACAUGCGCGACUUUUCCAAUGCAGAGCGCAUCGUCAGAGGCAAGAACCUAUCUCGCGACAUGACCGAGUCCGACGAGCUGGAUCUCGCUAUUGCUGCAAAGUUUAGGGACGGCAAGCUUCAUCCUGCUGCUGCUCUGGCCUUUUCCGAUACAAAGCUUUUGCAACAGACUCAUCUGCGUCGCAUAAUCGCCAAAAUCCUGCCUUUGAUCAUGCCUGACUAUAUGAAGAGCAGCGCUGCCGUUUCCAUCUUGGUCAAAGAGAUUGUUGCCUGUGCUGUUUUGGCCCCGGUCGUACUCAUGCUCUCGGACCCGGACUUUUUCAACCAGCUCAUUGAAAACUCUGGUCGCACUAUGCUUCAAGACCGAAAGUCUGUUCGCAAACUACGAGCGGCUUUGGACGAGCAUGCUGUACCGACGCCGCAACAACAGAAGUCUGGUCAAUUCCCUCGUCUGAGGCCGAACGACAACGAAAGACAAUUCGAAAGAUUCAUCCGUGCCACUCGCAAUUGUGCCACUCUGUCUGAUGCUAGGCGUUUCCGUAGUGAGAUCACGAGCCAGGUUCGUAAGGCUACUUCGGGCCCAGAACAGGAUCCUGUUUACCUUCGUCGCUUGGAGACUGGACGUCGCAUACUGGAUCAGAAGAUUGCACACUUUACGGCUGGUGGUACAUCGAGACCUAAGUUGACUGUGAAGCCAUCAAAUUCUAGCGUGGAGCAGACAUCGAAACUAGGCCAAGCAUCCCUGAAUGAAGUGCUACAUAAUGCAUCAGGGCUCUCCUACUUUAUGGAGUUCAUGGACAGAAAGAAUCGCAUGCGUCUGGUUCAAUUCUGGAUCGUAGUGGAUGGUUUCCGCAAUCCUCUGGAAGCAGAUAACGAUGAGCCGGAACAGGAACUUCAAGACAUGCCCUGGACUCCCUCAGAUAGAAUGGACCUCGAGCAGAUGUAUGAAGCUUACCUCACGAAGCCAGAACUUAGCCUACCAGAUCAUGACAGGCAAGCAGUCAGAGACUUUCUGAGAGCAGGUAGUUCGGCAGAUGCCAGACUCUACGUUGGUGCCCGACGAGCUGUCCUUCGAGCUCAGACUUCAGUCUUUGAGGAGAUGAAGGAGCAGCACUUUGACAGCUUUAGGAAGUCAGACUUGUUCUACAAAUGGCUGGCCACGGAAGAGAGUUCCAUCAUGUCAGCUGCGUCAGAAGGCCACCCAGAACUCUCAAGAUCUCUGUCAGUUGGUGGCGAAAGGGAUAGACCGCUGUACCGAGAAGCUCGACCCGCGACUGUCCUUUCUCCCAAAUCACCUCGGGCACCAGAGCUUCGAAGGCCAGCCAUGUCUUCCAGUGAUCUGAAGAGUUUCAUCAAGCCAAGUGUCGUUGCCAGUCCAGUGAGACAAUCAAUGGACGGCGCAAGACCGCGACCCUUGUUUGAUGACGACGUCGAGGAUGAACGGUUGACUCGAUCCGUAUCGGCACUUAGUGGUAUGGAAUUGGACAACGAGGUGGACCAGCAACCGGAUGAUUCUGCUCAAGUUGUUGAUGCUAUGCAAGCUGCUUUGAACGAAAUCAUGGACGAGCCAGACAAAGACACUGGCUCGCUGUUUUUCUCAGAGAACAUAGGCGUGAGCAAUGACUCGCCACGAACCUCGCUGGAUGGAGGAAGACCCACUUUGGCCCAAACGAGGUCAAAGCCUAGCAUUGCCUCUCUUGGCUUAGUUGGAGCCCCGUCAAGCAAAGGCGUCUUUGCUGACGAUCUCUUUGGAGAAGAAGAAAAGUUCGCCGAAGACGAGAAAGAGGAUGCCGAUCUUGCAGACAAGUCACUCGAGGAUGAUAUCCAUGAAGCUGCACCUGGUGAUCUUGGACUCACCGAAGCCAUCUCCAUUCUUAACGCCGACAUUGAUCGAUUGACUGCUCAAGAUGCUAUUCUAGACUCCUUGACGAAGAAGGCUGAGUUGACGAACAAUGCAGCAGAACUUCGAAUCUUACGGAAAUCGAAACAAAGUCUGGCAAGAGAAAUACAUCGCAAGGAGAUGCAGAAGCAGCAAUAUACAAUACAAGAAAGUGACAAUAGCCUUUACGGGAGAGCAGCUGUCAGUAUCAAGUCUAUCAUGGUUGGAAGAGAAGAGGAUGGACAUGAAUAUGCGCUUUAUGUCAUCGAAGUUCGACGUCAAGCCGGCGACCAAAUGCCGGCCGCAGUCUGGAUGGUCACCAGACGAUAUAGCGAGUUUCACGAACUGAACAAGCGUCUGAGAGCGAGGUUCCCUGCUGUUAGAAACCUUGAGUUUCCACGCCGACAGACGCUAUUCACGUUACAGAAAGACUUUUUGCAAAAGCGAAGGAUCAUUCUUGAGAAAUACCUCAAGGCACUACUUCUGAUCCCGGCUAUAUGUCGCAGCAGAGAGCUUCGUGCUUUCCUAUCGCAAUCGCGAAUCACCUCUGGUGCCAACGGCAGUCAGAUCGACGAAAAGGACUUUGUGACCAGGAUUUACAACUCGGUCACAGACGGCAUGGAAGAGUUCUUGGGCAACAUUCCUGUUCUCGAUCAGCUUUCUGUCGCCGGCCAAAACCUGAUCUCAGCAGCAACCGCACAGAUGAGUGGAGUACCACUAAACCCCAAUGCUCCCGAGUUCUCCACAGACCCAGCCUCCGCCGCAGAAGCAGAAGCAGAAAUCAACGCAUUCGAAGACCGAGAAGCAGAGCCCUUUGUAAAACCCAUCUGCGACAUCUUCCUCGAAAUCUUCGAAUUACAAAAAGGCACCAGUUGGCUCCGAGGCCGUGCCGUAGUCGUCGUACUCCACCAACUCCUCGGCGGCACAAUCGAGCGCAAAGUCAGAGAUGCAGCAAAAGGCUUCGGACAAGAAGAUUCAGUGAUCCGCUAUCUCGAUUUAGUCAAAAACAUCAUGUGGCCUGAUGGUCAAAUGAAACAAGGCAGUAUCCCACGCACAGCUGCACAUAAAGCAGCAAGUCAGAAGGAAGCAGGACUUUUGCUUGCGACGUUGGUGCCGGAUUUAGCUGGGAGUGUGGUGGGGAGACAUAAUGCGCAAGCGGCGAGUAGAAAGGUGUUUGCUAUGCUGAACAAUCAGCGGUUGAAUACACAUUUGGUGUUUACACUUUUAGAUGAGUUGAUAGGGACGGUGUUUCCGGAAGCGGUGACACGAUGA